AUGUCGUCCUUCUCAGAUACAAUCAAAACUCUAGACUCCAUCCAGCCCUCACAGUUCUCUACAGAUGCCGAGCGAUACGAGGCCAAGGAAGCAGCCCGUCGCCUACUAAACCGCCUCGAGACGCCAUUCGAGCAAGGCUGGAGGCUGUCAUUCGAGACACCAGUGCUCAUCGCUGGUAUCCAGACUAUCCUCGAUCUUGGUAUCUGGAAGCAAUGGACGGAAGCGGAUAAGAAGAACCCUGGUGCACCGGUGCAUCUAGAUCAGCUGCUAAAGUGGGCAAAUGCAAAGGCUGAGCCAAACCUGUUGCGUAGGUUUUUGAGACAUAUUGCUGCGCUUUAUGUAUUGGAAGAGACGGAUGUUGAUACCUGGAAGCCUACACCGUACUCGCUUUCUCUCGGUGAUACAGUAUCGCAUACCGAUCAGAUCACACAAUGCGGUACCGAUCACACCGUCCCCACCGGAGUCAACCUCCCAUACUUUCUCAAAAAGUACAACUACCGCGAACCCAUCGACCUUGCUCAACUGGACAACUACCGUGACAUGACUGGGGGGAAAGAUUUCUUCGCUACUUGUGCCGCUGAUCCAGUGGGCAAGGGAAGCAGUUUCAUGGGUUUGAUGACUGCGCUGCGAAACCAUAAGAUGAGCUGGACAGACGUGUACGACACGAACCGUAUCGUCGACGGCGCGGAGAUAGGCACCGGGAAACCGUUUUUCGUCGACAUUGGUGGCGCACAUGGUCUUGAUACCUCGCGUCUUCUCGACAAGCAUCCGAAUCUGCCUGCAGAUGUGCUCAUUCUGCAAGAUACUCCGGAAGUCGUUGCCAUGCCGAUCGAAGACUUGGACAAGAGGAUCGUAAAACAAGCUUACGACUUCUUCACGCCUCAACCCCAAAUACACGCGCGUGCUUAUUUCUUUCAUGCUGUACCGCAUGAUUGGCCCGACACGGACUGCAUCCGUAUGUUCUCGCAAGUGGCCGCCGUGUUUAAGCGCGGAUACUCCAAGCUCCUGAUUUACGAGGUCGUUUUGCCGAAGAAGGGAGCCACAAACCUAAUGACAACUUUGGAUUUGCAGCUUAUGAACUGUACGAGUGGAAUGGAGAGGACGGAGGAGCAUUGGGCGAGGUUGUUGAAGGAAGCCGGGUUCAGGAUCGUGGAUAUAAGUCGGCAUCCGAGGGCGGUGGAGAGUGUCAUUGAGGCAGACUUGAUGUAG